UUUUAAAAAAAAACUAUUAGUGAUAAUAAAUAUAUGUGCAAACAUAACAAAUCAUCAUCAAUUAAAUUUAGAUAAUUGUAUUUUUAUAUAUAAUAUAUACAAUAUAUAAAUAAUAAGUUUUAGGUUUAGGUUUAGGUUUAGGUUUAGGUUUAGGUGUGUGCAAUGGUUGAGUGUGUGAGAGGACAGAUAUUUGAAGUCGGGCCCCGAUAUAACAACUUGUCGUAUAUCGGAGAGGGGGCCUAUGGGAUGGUGGUGUCGGCGUACGACAACUUAACCAAACAUAAGGUGGCCAUCAAAAAGAUCUCCCCCUUCGAGCACCAGACCUAUUGUCAGCGCACACUUCGGGAGAUUAAAAUACUAACCCGUUUUAGACACGAAAACAUUAUAGACAUCCGGGACAUAAUACGGGCGCAAACUAUUGAUUCAAUGAAAGAUGUUUAUAUAGUUCAGUGUUUAAUGGAGACCGACUUAUAUAAGUUGUUGAAGACACAGAAGCUGAGCAAUGACCACAUCUGCUACUUCUUGUAUCAGAUACUACGAGGUCUUAAGUACAUCCAUUCGGCUAAUGUACUUCAUCGGGAUCUGAAGCCAUCUAAUCUAUUACUUAAUACAACUUGCGAUCUCAAAAUCUGUGACUUUGGUUUGGCCCGAGUGGCUGAUCCAGAGCACGACCACACGGGGUUCCUCACCGAAUACGUGGCCACCCGAUGGUAUAGAGCGCCUGAGAUUAUGCUCAACAGUAAGGGCUAUACCAAGUCUAUUGAUAUCUGGUCUGUUGGCUGCAUAUUGGCGGAGAUGAUCUCCAAUCGACCCAUAUUUCCAGGCAAACAUUAUUUGGAUCAACUGAACCAUAUCCUGGGUAUAUUAGGUUCACCGUCGCAAGAGGACCUGAACUGUAUAAUCAACGAGAAGGCCCGUUCCUAUUUACAGUCGCUUCCAGCCAAGGCUAAGGUGCCCUGGUCACGCAUGUACGCCGAUGCCGAUCCCAACGCAUUGGACUUGUUGGACAAAAUGUUGACAUUUAAUCCACACAGACGUAUCACUGUUGAAGAAGCACUGGCACAUCCAUACCUCGAACAAUACUAUGAUCCGGCCGACGAACCGGUCGCUGAGGAACCGUUCACUUUUGAGAUGGAAUUGGAUGACCUGCCAAAGGAACGACUUAAGGAAUUAGUCUUCGAGGAGACCGUACUAUUCAAGAGUCGAUAAGAUAUAACAAAUUAUUAAAACUAAUUUUAAUUAAUUAUUAUAAUUAUAAUAAUUAU